UUUUUCUUUUUUUUUUAUGUGGCCAGGGUCUUUCAUUGACGCGGAAGGAGGAUGCACUCCAAUGGGAAGGGGGAUGACGCAGCGCCCCCCACCCCCCCUUACACCUACGUGACAAGUGAAAAAGGCAUGCCUUUCGGAUUCAUGAAUAAAACACCAAGGGGAGUUAAGUUCCUAGGACGCAGGAAAGUUCUCCGCAGACAGAUGUUCGACGCUCUUCAUUCCGCCCAUGACCGAGUACACGUAGAAAUCCCGGAGAACUGAGCUGCGGGCGCACGGAGGACUGCACACUCCGAGAAGAAGACUGAGGAAGAACAGGGAACAGAGGAAGAGAAGAGAGAGAGAGAGAGCGAGAGAGAGAGAGAGAGAGAGAGAGAGAGAGAGAGACUGAGAUAGAGAUCCUAUCUCACUCUCCCAGUUGAGGUCUUCAGCGGAUCGCGUCCAGCGUCUCUCAACUGCAGGACAAUGUCUAGUAAAGCGACUUUAGCCUUACUCAUCUAUGGAAUCAUAAUGCAUCACAGCGUCAGCUCCUCACCUGUGGGGCUUAGCUUCCCCAGUGUUAGACUUGACAGUGAGCUCUAUGAUGAGGGGGGACACUCCUUACCGUCCCUGGAUUAUGACAGAGACCAAAUGGACGUGAGAAGCCCUUCGUCUGUCGCUGACGAUGUCUACUCUUUGUAUUACCCAGCAGAGAAAAGAACGGAAAGGCAUGCAGACGGCAUGUUUAAUAAAGCCUACAGGAAAGCGCUGGGUCAGUUAUCAGCAAGGAAAUAUCUGCAUUCUCUGAUGGCAAAACGCGUAGGCGGGGGAAAAACACUGGAGGACAGCCCAGAGCCUCUGUCCAAGCGACACUCAGACGGGAUCUUCACAGACAGCUACAGCCGCUACCGAAAGCAAAUGGCAGUCAAGAAAUACCUGGCGGCAGUCCUUGGGAAAAGCCUUGAAGACAUAGGUUUUCACCAAAUCCUACAAGACAUAGACUUUGAUGCCCUCCCGGACGGGGAUGAGUUUGAGGCUUUUUUGGGAGACUGGCUGAAACAGUUCUCUCCUGAAUUUCCGGUGAGUUUCAGGCUCUUUGCUGAGGCCGUGUCCUCGCGGGGGCGUCUCAUGUCCCCUCCCUUUUCUUCUCACCUUUAACUCUCAACCUUGUGAUCUUGCUCCAAACACUCAAACCCGACUUCUUCUUCUCCUUCCACCUCAUUUGUGCUCCUGUCUCUCUAGAGUCUCACACAGUUUCACUUUGAAUCCCACCCAAUCGCACAAUGUGGAGUGACUUUGCUUAGACCGAUAUGUCAUACAUAUCACUGUUGAUUGACACAAAAGAUUUAUCUGUGUCCUGUUUGUGGAUGCAAGGAUGAUGCUAUGAUGAUAAGAAAUUAUUUUAGCAGAUCUGGGUUAGACCAGAUGAGAGCCCUGUUGGCCUUAGAAGUUUUCAAAAUGCCAGUUAUCCAUUUUUUUAAAGUCAAAAAUCCCAAAUCUGAGAUGAGGACCAGAGUACUUCUGAGGUUGUUCUUGUCCUAUUCUUCCGCAGCGUUUACAGAUUGAGCUUACACCUUUGACUCAUGUAAAAGUGCCAAUCUUGUGUUUCUAUCAACUGGUUUCUGUGUGUUUGGAAACCUCUUAUUCUGCUGAAGGUUUUCUCAUGUCUCUCUGUCCAUAUAAUAAGUAUCACUAACAUCUGAAUCAAGCUAACAUGUCCAAAAAAGAAAAGAAAAAAGAAAAAAAAUAUCAAAAAUAUAAAACGGCAAGAAAUGAUACUUGUUACAUGGUAACUUAUCCAUCGACUUGUUCUUUUUGUGAGAGACAUACGAGUACAGUUUGAACUUUCGUGUUUGAGCCUUCUGGGUCUAUUGUGCUUCCCUUUUCUGUCAUGUGAACUAAUGUAAAAAAAAAAAAAAAAAAAAAACUAAGUAGACUGCAUGAUUAAAGUAAUUGCACUAGCCACCGAGUCUGUGCAGACAACUCCAA